AUGCUGAUGUUUCUUGCACAAGUCCUCCAGGGGUUCGCUCCCUUUGAUUACUUUGCAUGGGCGCUCGAAUUCGUUGAGGGCUAUGGAUGUAGUCAACUCGCUGGUUCCAGUCUGUUCCAGUGUGUUUCCUCUUCUCGACGCGUCUGGCCGACUCGUGACGCGUGCGGGGGUGGGUUGAGAGAACUUUCGUCACUUCGCCGCUCCGCCACGAAGAAGAGCAGCCUCAACUGGAACCAACCAUCUCCUCAUCGGCAGCACAUCCGAGCAGUGAUGCGGCACCCCGAUCAGGCUCACGCGUCCAAGAAAUCAGAUGAUCAGCACAGACUCGCCAAUCUCAAAUCGUCAUCUCCUCUGCGCUUCCCUCCUCAAACUCAACCGUCACUGGUAGAAGGUCCGGCCGUCCGAAGCCCUCGAGCAAACCCUUGUUCUUUCCACCAUCUUCAAAUGAACUCCACGUCCAUCUUGCCCAUCGAACCGACGAAGCGACAUCCACUCUACCGUCCCCCCGCUCUCGUCCCCAUCCGUACAUCCGAAGCUGCACCCCACCCAACUUCUAGCCAGGCCGCGCCCCCCGAGCCAGGAACUCAGACAGCCAUCGGGGCAACCCUCGUCCCGCUCCAGGACUCGAUGCAGACCUUCCGUCAGUACAUGCAGGGCUUCAAGAAAACAUAUCGCUUGGCUUUCGACCUCACAAUCUCCGUCGAGGACGCCUCCACGCUUUCUGACGGCGACCAACUGCUCUAUGCAAACUAUAUGCGCAAGAUGCGUCUUACUUCACAGAUAAACUUGAACUCGGACUAG